GACAUAAUCUGUGCUGUGAAAUUGUUUAUGGUGUCAGAGAAAAUUAAAAUUCUUCUUUACCAAUCUAAUUGUAUAUUCAACUUCAGAUAGUAUAUCUGUCAAUGUCAACGAUUUUGACAUAUGAAUGUUCGCAUUGUGGUUGUGAAUCUAGAGCGAUGGAGUCGUAAUUUUAGUUAGCCUCAUUAAUUAAAACUAAUGACUGAAUUUAGUUUCUAUCUAAAUUACCAGGCGUAAUUAUAUCGAGUGGUAUCUUUUUAUCAAAGGUGUAUUCUGUUUCAACAGAUUUUUUUUACCGCGAUAUAGCAUUGAAAAGUUUAGCUUAUGUUGUCGUAAUAGCUUGGCGUGACCGACUUUUAUUGUAAAGCUUUACAGAAUAAGGAUGUUUAUUGUCGACUAAUGGCUUUAUUGAAGCCUGCGUGUGCGCAGUCUGUUGGUCAAUGACCAUAGGUCUGGUCGAAAAUCGUGCAAAUUCAAAAUGUUUUUAAAUUUUUUAUGUGUGACUAUUCUGUUUGCGUCUUUCGACUUUGGUUCCGCAAUCAGCUGUUAUGAGUGCAACAGUGCAAAUAAUUCAAUGUGUUUGGAACCAAAUAUCUACGACAAGGAGAGUGUGCAGCGAUAUUUAAAGACCACCAACUGUGAGCAGAAAGUCCCUCGGGGUCAGACCAAGGAACAAAUGUUCUGCAGGAAGAUUAUUCAGACAAUUCUCCACAAAGGCCAUGAUACUGAAGUGAGAGUGACGCGUGGUUGUGGGUGGGUAAAGCAUCAUCGCGAUUGUUAUAAGGCAGACAACGAAGAUCAUCUGGAAACCGUCUGCCAAUGUUUCACAGAUGACUGUAAUUCCGCUGCAAUGAAUACAGCUGGAUUGUUGAUACCAAUUAUAGUGUGUAAGAUGUUUAUUUAAUAAACUGUUAUUUAUCA